AUGAAAGACGCAUUAUCUGCAAUGGCAUCUGAUAUUCUUCUACGAUUGGUACAGUUUCUGCGAGCUCUUCGAGCUAAGAUGAACAUUGCUCAUGAAAACGACAUGGUCGACAAUGACAAGAUUGGCGUGUACCCGAAAAUUCAUAAAAUGCCCUCUCCGUUGUGCUGCUUUCGAAUUAUGCAUAUUAGGACUGGAACGCUAUGGAUCGCCUACCUCGAAUUGAUGUGGAUUGUAUCACAAUUCUCAUUCUGGACGGCGGAGAGCGUUGUGAAAGAAUCGUUUCAUCCAAUUGUGAUAAUUACCGGCAUUGCGUUCACCAUGUUGCAACUAGUGAUUGUGAUAUUCUUGAUGCAAGGCGUCAAAAAAUUCCGGCUAGCUUAUAUCGAAAUUUAUUUGGUGGGGAUUAGUUGCAGGAUAUUGCUUUUCCUCGGAUUCUUUGCAGCAUUUUUUUAUUAUUUGCUGUUCGAGGUUACAGAUGGCGUUGAAAACAAUAACAACUUCUUCCGACGAUUCUUAAUGAUAAAGCUGAUUGUCACAGCAAUCUAUAUUAUUCUCAAGUUGUACGCGUUUAAUAUAGCGUUUCGAUGUUAUUCGUACAUUGCGAAGACCCGUCGAGUGGUUCUCAAUUUUGACAACACCAUGGAAAAUGAGUUGUAA